AAACCACUUCACAGGUCUACCGCAACCUACAUAUAGCUAUUCGUUUUAAAAGUUUACGACGAUCAUGGCAAUCUUUGCUUUUGUCCUAAGCGUCGUGAUGUUGGUAUCUACGGGUCUGGCUGCUGUAUCACCGACAAUAGACGAGAAGCUGCAAACUGCAAUGACGGAAGUCAUUGUCAACCCCGAAAAGGAAUACGAAUGUCUUCUGUUCCGCUUGGAGGACAAACUCGACAGAAUGAAAGAGAAAAUGGCCGAGAUGGAAAGAGAAUUGAAGAAGAAAAUAACACCGCUCCCCAACCCGACACAAGCUGUCAAUGCUUCACAAUAUGCAUUUAGUGCAUACCUGUCUGACAAGAACGCCCUGCACACCAGUGGCAGCUUGAAGUAUACCAAAACCAUCUCGAAUGUCGGAGGAGCUUACAACGAAUAUACGGGUGUGUUUACGUCUGCAGUUGACGGAGUGUACGUCUUCCAUUUCCACAGCAGUGUAUAUGCUUAUGCAAAGCAUUGUGUCCUCACUCUCUUCCAUGAAAACAACAACGUCACAAGUACUUAUGGCUAUGACGGGAAUGGUUUCGCUUCGUUUAGCAACACUGCUGUUAUAGAACUGAAAAACACAGAAGUUGUACAUGUUGCAGUUACGUCACCGUUUACAAAAAGCUCUUGUUAUUUGCGAGGCCGAUUCACUACCUUCUCGGGGUUUAAAAUAGCCUAGACAGAAAAUGGCAUUUUACCAAAGUUUCAGUAGAUACUACCUAUAUAUAUAUAUAUGUAUAUAUAUGCCUGGACUUUCUCCCUGUGCUUGUUGCAUUCAACAUCACUGUAUUACACACAUUUUAAUUUAUUAAUGUCCAAAUGAAUAGAUUCCUAUAUGGUAACAAUACCCGUCGACAUUUGAAAAAAUAUUUUGAUGCGCGGAUUUUUGUGGAAAUGUUUGAUUCUGUAGUCGAUAUUUUGUAAUAAUUAAAGGAAUAAAAAACAAAUUAAUUAUUUUCGGGCUAAACAAUAUUGAAGGAAAUGACCUUCACAAAACGAAAUACAUCAAACUUAUUUUAAGUUAAAAGUUAAAAAUACAAAAAUCAUCAGGAGUAUCACCUUGGUUUUAUAAUAAAGAUGUCCUGGGGUAAAGAUGUAUUUAGUGUGAAUAUCCAUUUAUCAAUAAAAGAUUCAAAAAUUGUAUUAAAUCAUUUUGGUAUGAAUUUGCCACGUGUUUAAUAGCUACGUUUGCAAUAAAAUAGAAUUAAACUGUACUACUUCUUAUCAGCAAUAUAUAAUUUGUUUCUUAAUCCAUGUAGUUAAGUUUGUAGUUCCUUAUUAAAUAUGUUUGCUUCGUGCUGUUACCAAGAAUAAAAUACAAUCUU